GGAAAGCAUGCCUAAAGUCUAUUUGCCAAGGUUGAUUGGUAGGAGAUUCCAGAGGGUCGGAAAUCAAGUACCUAUAGUGUUUACACACGAAAUAAUGCUUACUCUUCUCUAGUGGGAUUAACUAGCUCUUUGCCUAACUCCCUGCGAAGUUAAAUAAUUAAGCAGUUUUUAGUAAGGAUCAUCAAAUAUGGGUAAAAAGAGAGGACUCAGCCUUGAGGAGAAGAGACAUAGGAUUCUCCAACUCUACUAUGACAAAAAAGAAGCAUUCAAGCUCCCUGAAGUCGAAAAAAUAGCAGCAAAGAAAGGAGUUACAAUGCAAUCGGUAAAAGACGUGAACAACUCCUUACUCUACGACAACCUAAUAGAAUCUGACAAAAUAGGCAGCUCAACUUUCUUCUGGUCCUUACCUUCCAAAGGCUAUAACCUUAAGACCAAGUGUAUUCAGAAGUAUGAUGAAGAUAUUGAGAGGAGUAAGAAGGAGAUUGAGGGGGCGAAGAAGAGGAUAGAGGUGGAGAAGGAGAUGAGAGAGGACCCGGAGAAGGAGAGGGAGGGGAAGAAGGAGGAGAUUGAGAGGGUGAGGAAGGAGAAUGAAGAGAUUGGAGUGAAGAUUUUGGGGUUUGAGAGAACUGAUCCGAAGAAAGUGGAGGAGGUGCAGAAGAAAGCGAAAGUGGCUAAAGAUGCAGCGAAUAGGUGGACUGAUAAUUUGUUUGAGGUGCAGAGUUAUAUAACUGAUAAGAAUCCGAAUAUUACUGAGGAAGACCUUGCGAAGCAGUUCCCUAUUCUGAAGGAUCUUGAUAACAUCGAUUAAUUCUACAAGUUUCAACUUGACA